AUGAGGCAGGAGGGGUGCUCUGUAGGCCCCCCCACACCACGCCUGCCCAGAGGACGGGGCCGAUGGCGCUCUGCAUCCCCCAGCACAGCAGCCAGGCCGCCCACCCCUAGAGCCCCUGCCUCCCCUCAGGGCCUUGCCUCAACCAGGCCUCUCCUCCGUCCUACUACACCACAGAUGGCAGAGGCGGGGAAGCCACCCAUGCAGCUUGUUUAUGUCAACUGCUUUGGCUCCCACCGCUGUGGGCCCAUUCUCCGCUACAGCAGGGGCUGCCGACAGGCUGAGGUGGGCCAGGCUAAGCCCACGCUUUCCUGGCCAAGCCCCACAGGGAAGGCUAGGAGGCAGAAGAAGACCACCCUGGUGCCCAGAGAUGUGGCCAUCCCUGCCACCUCGGGCAGGGCACAGGAGGUGGGGAGCUGUGACCUGAUGAGGCAUGUCAGCAGCUGUCACGGUGACCUUCGAGAGGCUAAAGCUGACACCUUUGACUUUCCCUUCCCUUCAAGAAAUGUUGAUAAAGUAAUUAAACGAAAGAAGCAAAAGUCCAAAGUCUGGUUUAAGGUCUGGAAAGUCAUUUCAAAAAUGACUGAAGAAAAUGAGAAGUUCAGAAGACGCCUCUUGGCUUGCAGUCAGCUUAAUGGAGAAGGUAAUGGCAGGAACCAAAGCUCACAGAAUGAGGUGUCCUGCCUGGACAGGGAGUCAUCUCUAUUUGGCUGGGCAGCAAGAAAAUAAAGGAAGAUCCAAUCCAAAAGGAAAGCUAGAAAUGGUGGAGGUUUUCAUUUUGAUGUAGUUCUUACUGAAGUUGGUGGCAAAGACUGCAAAUGAUUUCAGUGAGCACAGGUUCUCUGUUGUUUGUUUGGCAUAUGUGCUUCUGCUGUUUAAGAGGUUUGUUUUUACAGUGGCUUUUAAACAGCUCUGUUGUGAGAGAGUUAUUUCAAGCCAUUAAGUCUAGUGUUUCACUUAGCUAUUAGUUUUCAAAAGUGUUUAAGGGAGCAUAAUAUUGUGACAGUUUCCUUGAGAAAGAAUAGAUACACAUUUAGUGUUGACUCUCUAUUUAUAUCUGGGUUUUUCUAGCUUGUCAGAAUCAUAAACAAACAAGUUCAGUGAGGCAGAACUCCCUACAAGAUAUAAAGAAACACUUUUUUCUUCUGCUCUUUUUUUUUUUUCCUGACUGAUUUGAAUAAAUUUGACUUUAUUAUAUUAAAAUAAUACAAAAUUACCCUUCUGUUCACUCAUCCAUUUAUACAUGAAUCUCAGCAAGUAUUUUGAAUAUGAAACCAGGUGAAUGUUUUCUGUCUUGCUGCUCAUUGUGAAGCACAUAAUGAUAUCAUCAUAAUCAGAAGGUAUUGUUUACCUAGCUGACUUCAGUAACACAAUAUCAUUUUCUUCUGCUAUAGACUUUGGUACUUGAACUGUUGAUUGACUGUUAAACCCUUUAAAACUAGCAAAUUGUGUAAAUGGAACAUGAAGA